AAGCUGAAGACCCUUCUGGCAAUUGGAGGAUGGAACUUCGGGACAGCCAAGUUCUCCACAAUGGUUUCCACUCCCCAGAACCGCCAGACCUUCAUCAAGUCUGUCAUCAAGUUCCUGCGCCAGUAUCAGUUUGAUGGGCUCGACUUUGACUGGGAAUACCCUGGGUCCAGGGGCAGCCCAGCCCAGGACAAGGGUCUCUUCACUGUCCUCAUUAAGGAAAUGUUGGCAGCCUUUGAGGGGGAAGCCAAACAGGUCAACAAGCCCCGUCUCAUGGUCACUGCUGCUGUUGCUGCAGGACUUUCCACCAUUCAGGCUGGCUACGAGAACAAUGUUCUCUGCAGGUACCUGGACUACAUCCACGUGAUGACUUAUGACUUCCACGGCUCCUGGGACAGAACCACUGGGGAGAACAGCCCCCUGUACAAAGGUCCAGCUGACACUGGUGACCUUGUCUACUUCAACGUCGAUUAUGCUAUGAACUACUGGAAGAGCAAUGGUGCCCCUGCUGAGAAGCUGCUUGUUGGAUUCCCAACCUAUGGACACAACUUCAUCCUCCAAAACCCAUCUGACACUGCUGUUGGGGCACCUGCAACAGGACCUGGGCCAGCUGGACCUUACACAAGGCAGGCUGGAUUCUUGGCUUACUAUGAGAUCUGCACAUUCCUGGACUCUGGAGCCACUGAGGCUUGGGAUGAACCCCAGGAUGUGCCCUAUGCCUACAAGGGCAAUGAAUGGGUUGGCUAUGACAACAUCAAGAGCUUCAACAUCAAGGUUGACUGGCUGAAGAAGAACAACUUUGGAGGUGCUAUGGUUUGGUCCCUUGACAUGGAUGACUUCACUGGAACUUUCUGCAAGGAAGGCAAAUAUCCCCUGAUCUCCACUCUGAAGAAAGGCCUUGGUCUGGAUAGUGGUGACUGCGUGCCACCAGCUCAGCCCAAUCCUCCAGUCACUGAAGCUCCAGGCCAGGGAGGUGGCAGUGGGGGCUCUGGUGGCAAUCCUGGUGGCUCUGGUGGGAGUGGCUUCUGUGCUGACAAGGCCAAC